ACCAAUGAGGCGGCGGCCGGGGAGGCGGGCGGUCGGCGCCCAAGUUAGUGUGAGGCGCAGAGUGAUGCGGAGCGGGGAAGAUGGCGGAUUUCCUGAAGGGCUUGCCAGUCUAUAACGAAAGCAAUUUCAGCAGGUUUCAUGCCGAUUCUGUCUGUAAAGCCUCGAAUAGAAGACCGUCGGUGUACCUGCCAACGCGAGAAUACCCAUCGGAACAGAUCAUCGUAACAGAAAAGACCAACAUUUUGCUGCGGUACCUCCACCAGCAAUGGGACAAAAAGAAUGCAGCGAAGAAAAGAGAUCAGGAGCAGGUGGAAGUUGAAGGCGAGAGCUCAGCGCCACCACGGAAGAUCGCCAGGACAGACAGCCAAGACAUGAUUGAAGACACUUAGCUCCCUGUCGACCCGAUGCAAGUGCUUCCCUUCUCAUCAUGUAAUGUCUUACAGUCUCCACCAUGCGGCCCGUCAUUUGUAUAUCAUAGGAGCACCUUUAUUUAUUUCCGUGUAAAAUUGUGGUCAGGGGGUAUGUGAGGCGGACUGAACCAAACCCUUUGCCACAAACAAGUUCCGAUUAGUGAUAGACCGGUUGGUCUCUUUACAGGCUUUACUGUGGAGUCCGUGCUGGAUAUCUGGUUAAAGUUUAAAACAGAGUGGGAGUCUGAACCUUGCAGUUAGGAACACACAGGGGCACGUACAGUGAAUGCUUUACUUGUAACCCACUGUUUGCCAGCAACAGCUUGUUACUACCUCUGCGUGCACUCUCUCCACCUCUCUCUCUCUCUCUCUCUCUCUCGCACUCUCGUUUCUCCACCUGUCUAUCACUUGUCGUUUAUAUUCCCAGCGUAUUUGAUGUGGAUGAAUGAAUUCUUCACUACAAGAUGCACAACUUCCGAAACAAAUUUGCAGGAAAAAAAAACUGUGUUUAAAAAAAAAAACAAAUGUAAAACAAAUGUCACCACUGUUGGAUUACCCCAUGCCCUCACCAUAAAGGAGAACUGGUCCCUUUAAAAAAAAGCUGCUUUGGUGAUUCUUUAGGCAUGUGUUCUGCGGAGUAGCGUGGAUGGAUUGAAUCGCCUUUGCCAAUUGCAGCCUUGACUAACAAGAGGACCUUUGAGGUUUCUGCGGUGAUGGCUGUGCUUGAUUUUAAUAAACCUUGCGAGUUUAUAGAGUUCAAAAUUAAAAGUUCUUUUUUUCCCCCCCGCCCC